AUGGUAUCACCAGAUAUUUUAACAACAAAUAAUUCCAAACUUUAUGGUUCAAUCCCACAUGGCGGAGAAUUAAUAAAUUUAAUUUUAGAAGGAGAAGAAUUAGUAGAAUUAAAACAAAGAUCAAUUUCAUUACCAAGUUUAUUAUUAACAAAGAAGCAAUUAUGUGAUAUAGAAUUAUUGAUGAAUGGUGGUUUCUCACCAUUGAGUACAUUUAUGGACGAAACCAUCUAUAAUAAUGUUGUUGAAACCAUGACAAUCGAUGGUGAUAAAGAUGAGGGAUUAUUAUUCCCAAUGCCAAUAGUAUUGGAUAUAAGCAAGGAAUGCUUGGAUACAGUUUUAGCAACCGAUAGUAAACAAAUGGCAUUACGUGAUGAAGAGGGAAAUUUAAUAGCAGUUUUAACCGUUUCAAAUUAUUAUACACCAAAUAAAGAGAACGAAGCCAAAAAGACAAUGGGAUCCAUUGACCCAUACCAUCCAGGUGUUUCCACAAUUUUCAAUACCAAAGAGUACUAUGUAAGCGGCAAGCUUGAGGGUGCCCAAUUACCAGUACACUACGAUUACAACGGUCUCCGUCGUACACCAAUUCAAGUGAGAGAAUUAUUUAAAACCAAAGGUUGGGAGAACGUUAUCGCCUUCCAAACUCGUAAUCCAAUGCAUAGAGCACACAGAGAACUUACAGUUAGAGCAGCCGAGUUGAAUGCAAAUUGUCACCUUUUAAUUCAACCAGUAGUUGGCAUGACCAAACCAGGCGAUAUCGAUUACCACACACGUGUUAAAUGUUAUAAAGAGAUCAUGGACUCCUAUCCAGAGGGAUUGGCAACACUCUCACUCUUGCCAUUGGCCAUGAGAAUGGGUGGACCAAGAGAGGCAGUUUGGCACGCAAUUAUUAGAAAGAAUUUCGGUUGUAAUCAUUUCAUCGUUGGUAGAGAUCAUGCAGGUCCAGGUGAGGACAAACAAGGCAACCUAUUUUAUCAACCAUACGAAGCUCAAGAAUUGGCACUUAAAUUAGCCAAUCGUUUAUCAAUUAAAAUCCUUCCAUUCCAAAUGAUGGUUUACGUACCAGCACACGAUAAAUAUUAUCCAGUCGAUGAAGUUCCAGAGGGUUUAGAAACUGCAAAUAUCUCUGGCACAAAAUUACGUCAUCUCCUUCGUACUGGUGGUGAAAUUCCAAAUUGGUUCACCUAUGAAAAGGUGGUUAAAAUUUUAAGGGAUUCAUGUCCACCACGUUCAAAACAAGGUUUUACAGUUUUCUUUACAGGUUUCAGUGGUAGUGGUAAAAGUACAAUCGCAAAUGCAUUAAAUGAAGCACUCCUUGAAGAUGGUAGUCGUUCAAUAACUCUUUUAGAUGGUGAUGUCGUUCGUACAUUCCUCUCAAGUGAAUUGGGUUUCAGUAAAGAACAUCGUGAUCUCAAUAUCAAACGUAUUGGUUUCGUUGCCUCUGAAAUUUCAAAAGCUGGUGGUAUUGCAAUUUGUGCCCCAAUCGCACCUUAUGCUGGUGCUCGUAAAUUUGCUCGUGAUUUAAUCACUCCAAAUGGUGGUUUCAUUGAAAUUCAUAUCUCAACUCCAAUUGAAACUUGUGAAAAAAGAGAUCGUAAAGGUUUAUACGCUAAAGUUAGAAGUGGUCAACUCAAAGGUUUCACUGGUAUCGAUGAUCCAUAUGAAACUCCAGAAAAUCCAGAAUUAAGAAUUGAUACAACUCAUACCUCAGUAAAAGAUGCAAUCCUUUUAAUUUUAAAUCAUUUAAGAACUGAAGGUUAUAUAAAUUAA